UUUGGGUGCCGCAGUUGGAAAAAAUGGCAGCUGAGACAGGGAGAUACAGGACAGCAGUUAGCAAAAACAAAGACCCUUCUGGUCUUCUUAUCUCUGUCAUAAGGACUCUGUCCAGCAGUGAUGAUGUGCAGGACAGGGAGACGGAGAAGGGUCGUCUCGAAGAGGCCUUUGAGACAUGUGACAGAGAUUUGGAUGAGCAGAUUGUUCAGCAUUAUGCCGAACUUACCACCGCCAUCAGGACCUACCAGAGCAUCACCGAGCGCAUCACCAGCUCCCGCAACAAGAUCAAACAGGUGAAGGAGAACCUCCUGUCCUGUAAGAUGCUGCUACACUGCAAAAGAGACGAGCUGAGGAAGCUGUGGAUAGAGGGCAUCGAGCACAAGCACGUCCUGCAGCUGCUGGAUGAAAUCGAAAGCAUCAAGCAGGUGCCUCAACGGCUGGAGGCCUACAUGGCAAGCAAGCACUACCUUCACGCCACAGAUAUGCUGGUGUCAGCUGUGGAUUCCUUGGAAGGCCCCCUGCUGCAGGUGGAGGGGCUUGGAGAUCUGCGACUCGAGCUCCACAGCAAGAAGCUCAACAUCCACCUCGUACUCAUCGAUGAGCUGCACCGCCACCUCUACAUCAAGUCCACCAGUCGUCUGGGACACAAGAACAAGGACAAAAAUGCUGCACGUCUUCCAGGCUCCGCGGCUAAAGAUUCUUCUCCAAUGCCUGUGUUGGAUGUGAGCAGCAUGUCCACCCCACGGAAGCUUCUGGAUACAUCACAGUUCAGCACACCUGGAUCAGGCAGUGUGCGUGAGCUGCAACAGGAUGUGCGGGAGUUGAACCAAGCAGACCUCCCUGAGGUGGAUCCAGAGGAAAACAGUGCUGAGUUCAUGGGCAUCCUCAUCAAGGCACUUGCCAAGUUGAAGAAAAUCCCUGAGACCAUUAAAGCCAUAAUGGAGCGACUGGAACCUGAGCUGAAACAGAUCGUCAAGAGGUCCACCACUCAGAUAGCAGACCAUGCCUACCAGAGAGGAGAAAACCUGGCCCAGGAGAGCAAGCCAAGGCUGCUGCUGGAGCUGCUGGAGCUCCUGUUUGAUAAGUUCAAGGCAGUGGCCCAGGCUCACAGCGUGGUGCUGACCCACCUGCAGCAGAUCGCGGUGCAGUGCCCGGGCGGGGCCCACGAAGCGGGCAUCAAACUCUACGAGCAGGCCGACGUCUCUGCCAAGAUCCAGACCGUGCUGCAGGUUCUGCUGAUGGAGUAUCUGGACGUGAAGAACAGCCGCAGUGCCACAGAGCCGUCAGCUCAGCUCUCCUAUGCCAGCACUGGCAGUGAGUUCGCUGCCUUUUUCUCCAAGAAGAAACCACAGCGGGCCAAGCAGUCGCUCUUCAAGUUUGAAUCCUCUUCCCAUGCCAUCAGCAUGAGUGCCUACUUGAGAGAGCAGAGGAGAGAACUCUACAGCAAGAGUGGAGAAUUACAAGGUGGUGCUGAUGACAACCUGAUUGAAGGGGGAGAAAUGAAGUUUGUGUGUAAACCGGGAGCGAGGAACAUCACUGUCAUCUUCCAGCCUCUCCUCAGGUUCAUUCAGGAGAUAGAGAUGAACAUGGGGCCAGGCCAGGCCAAGCAGUGCCAGCUCCGAGCCUUCCUCACUUACUACAUCAAUGAUCUCUUCCUCAACCAGGUGCGCACAGAGAUCAACAAGGAAAUUGAGUCAGUGAGCAAGGCAGCUGACCCCCUGAAGAUCCUGGCCAGUGCUGAUACCAUGAAGGUCCUGGGCGUCCAGAGACCGCUGCUACAGAGCACGGUGGUAGUGGAGAAGUCCAUCCAGGAUCUAAUGAGCCUGAUGCAAGACCUGAGUGCCUACUCCAACCAGUUCCUGGAGAUGGUCUGUGACAAACUAAAGGAAUACAAGGAAAUCUGCAACACAGCAUACAGGGGUGUAGUCCAAUGUGAAGAGAAGCUCACCAUCAGUGCGUCCUGGUCUAAAGACGAGGACAUCAGUCGCCUGCUCCAGUCCCUCCCUAACUGGGCAAACAUGGCCCAACCCAGACAGACGCGACAGAAGAGAGAGGAUGAAGAGGACUUUACUCGGGCGGCUUUUGCCAAAGAGUCUGAGGUGCUGACUGGGAACCUGGGAGAUAAACUAAUCCCCCAGAACGAGAUCCUGCGGGACGUCAGUGACCUGAAGGCUCUGGCCAACCUUCACGAGAGCAUGGAGUGGCUUGCUGGUCGCCUCAAGAACUUUUUCACCAACCUGCCUCAUACCUCCAGUGCGUCUCCAUGCUCAGCAGACAGUCAGGUGGUUGGAGAGAGCGAGAGGAGCAGAGAGCAGAUUCUGCAGACCCUCAGUGAUCUGUCCCGGGGCUUCCAGGACAUCGCAGACCGCUGUCUCCUGGUGUUGCACCUGGAGGUCAGGGUGCACUGUUUCCAUUACCUGAUCCCCCUGACAAAGCAAGGCAAUUAUGCCAUCGUGGCUAAUGUGGAGAGCAUGGACUAUGACCCACUGGUGGUGAAACUGAACAAGGACAUCUCAGCCGUGGAGGAGGCCAUGGGGGCCGCCCUCCAGCAGCACAAGUUCCAGUACAUCUUUGAAGGUCUGGGCCAUCUGAUCUCCUGUAUCCUAAUCAACGGGGCUCAGUACUUUAAGAGGAUCAGCGAGUCUGGUAUCAAGAAGAUGUGCCGGAACAUCUUUGUCCUCCAACAGAACCUCACCAACAUCACCAUGUCCAGGGAGGCAGACCUUGACUUUGCCAGGCAGUACUAUGAGAUGCUGUACAACACUGCAGACGAGCUGCUGAAUCUGGUGGUGGAUCAGGGUGUGCGCUACACGGAGCUGGAGUACAUCAAUGCCCUGUCCUUGCUCCAUCGCAGCCAGACGGGUGUAGGAGACCUGAGCACCCAGAACAUCCGUCUGCAGAGGCUGAAGGAGAUCAUCUGUGAGCAGGCCGCCAUCAAACAGGCAACCAAGGACAAGAAGAUCACUACGGUGUAAAGAUAAAACAGAACCGGGGUCCACUGGGGGGUUGAUGACCGGGAAACACAUUUUAUUUCAGCUCCUUCAGAUCUGUCUGGCAGGAAUAUGUGCUGCAGAUAAUUGGGUCAUGCAAGAGUAAGGAAUUAAAGGGCAAACACUUGCAGUAGAGGGGGAUCUUUAAGAAUUACGUUAGAAAACAUUGAAAUAAAGCCUUGCUUGAGAUAUAAAUCAUAAUGUGAGUGAAAUCUUUUGACCGAUAAUAUGUCGUCUCCAUUUCAUCCGUGAUAAAAUGUACUAUAGUUAGAGGGUUGACACAGAUACAGCUUCAACUCUGGGCUUGUAGAAUAUAUAUAAAUGUAUCUCAGUGUAUGCAGCGCUGGCUUACUCUAAUUGGGAAGUGAGGUGACAGCCAACCCAACUGCAACGUUUGCAAGUUUAGUUUGUUAUGUAUCUAUGUCAUAAGGUAUCCUUUAUCAAUUCACACUUUUAAAAAGGAAACAUAGAAAUUCAUCAGUUGCGCUGCGACUCUUAAUGGUCCCCCGCUGACCGUGACUCGAGCUCCAGAUAAAAGGCGAUUGUCUUGGACUAUCACCCGAACUUGGGCCCCAUCUCAUCUCAUUUUCCUAUUAGAUCUAAACUGCUGCUCUCAAUUACACCUCUAUCACUCCUCUCCUGGCAGCCCCAUGGGCCCACUGAUUCUGUCUACAAUAACAGAUGCCAGAUUAGACCGUCUGUAUGAGGCCACAUCUUCCGCCUGCUGCCAAUUUUCGGUUUGUCCCCCAAGAUUUCCCUAGCUGAGAAUUGUAUCAUAUCUAUGGCUGUUGAAAAUCUCUUUUAUUUGUCUUUUUUUUCUCAUAGUUUGUGCACUAAACUUAUGUGGAAAGUUUUGAGUUUCAUCCUUCCAUAAACCAGGGAUAAGGUUUAUUUCAAUUAUUAUUUUUCAAGUCUAAGAUAUCACAGUGGAAGGAAUUUUAUGAGGACAUGUUUAGGAAUACAUUUCCUCAGUCGUACUAGCUCUAUAGCCGAGAUGAUACAGUUCUGAAUCUUCAUUUCACUACUCACCCCACUUGUCUGCAAGUCUUCUAAAGUGAACCAAAUGUAUAAACUCAAGAGGCGAUCACAAAUCAUUCCCCUUCCUGCAACCCCCCGUGUUUUUAGUUCAUUAACUUUGGUGAGAAGUUCUUAACGAGAGCGGGAGCUGGGUAUGGGAGCCUUGUCAAUACGGCAGGCCCGCCGCUGGUCUCCCCGAAGCCCACAAAGCAAUCCAUCAUAAUGACACACAGGUUGGGAUCGAUGGGAAAACAACACGGGGCUGCUGAGGGGUUUGCCUACCACUCUGAAAUGUACACUUGGUGUUAAUUCUGAAAUCUGCUCAUUCAGCUGUUAGCUUCUUUUGUAAGGUUAUACAUGAGAAACUUUAAUACAAUGUUAACCAACUGUGUCAUGUCACACAUGGAUACUAUUAUACUAGAUUCCCACUGCACACGUAUAUCGUCUAAAGGUCCAGAAGGCUUAUGUAUUGGGCAUACUUCAUAUAUAAGUGUGAACCACUCCUGCUGUCAUUGCUUUUUAUUCAUAAAUGAAAUGUACUUUUUUUUUUAUUUAGAAGCAAAACUGAGCUUAUAUGCCUUUCUAUCUCAAUUUUUAUUUGCAAUGGACCUUUAUUUUGCACAGUCAUUUCUAUGUUUCAAAAAAGAAUGUAUGGAAAUCUCUACAUUGAAAUGUGUAAGUCUUGAAAAAGUUUAAACAUCAUUUUUCGACUGUUUUUAUUGACAUCUUAGAAAUGCUCUCAUAUUUGUCUAGUCUAAAUUAAGCACACAUGAUUUGUUUAUAUAUACUCUAAUAAACUGAAAAAAUUAAUCCUUCAAA